AUGGCAGCCGCGACUGCCGGCACCGGAUCCCGGUCCCUCCGUGCCGGGGGCUCCUCCCGGGGGUCCCUCCUCGCCCGCCGCCUCCAGCUUUCCCCGCCGGGAUUGCAGUCCGUCACGGGCUCCAGCAGCGCUGUCGUGAUUCCUCAGGAUGUACCAAAACAUUCUCAAGAGAUUCUCUCCUUCAAGCCCAAGCUCAAGACCAUCCAAAUCAUCACCAAGGACGUGAUCCGGGAACUCGUCGUUCCCCAGGAGAAACCCCAAGCGUGUCUCAUCAUCGGGGAGAAGGAAUAUGAGAGGAUCAAGGAGUCAGCUCGAGCCCCGAGCGAGGAGGAGCGCCGGGACAGGCUGAAGAGCCUGAAAGCCAGACAGGACGCUGCUUUCGAAGCCCUGCAAAAGGCCAAGAGCGAGGAGCAGAGAAAGGCAGAGCUGCAGGACGAGAGGGAGCGGCGGAGAGACGUGGAAGAGGAGCUGCAGCAGGAGAAGCAGCAGCUGCUGCAGCGGGCGGCCAGGAUGAGGCUGGAGCAGGAGGAAGAGAUCCGGGCGCUGAACACGCUGUUCCUGGAAGCCAAGUGCAACAUGAUCUGGGACAAGCAGGUCCUGGAGAAGCGCACGAUCCGCAAGGAACUGGCGGACGAGGAGAAGCGGCUGGACAAGAUGAUGCUGAUGGAGUGGGAGAAGGGCAGCGAGGUGCAGGAGGAGCUGGAGUGCCAAAGGAAGCGGGAGCUGCUGAGAGCCAGGCAGGACAUCGCCAAACAGAUGGAGCAGAACGCAGAGGAGCGAGCGCUGAGGGAGGAGGAGCUGUACCAGGAGGGCCAGAGGCACCUGGAGCGGCUGGAGCAGAUGAAGAGGGAGGAUCGCAAGGCCUGGCAGCAGAAACAGGAGCGACGAAAGCAAAUCCAUGCCGAGAUUAAACAAUUCAACGAGGAGAGCCAGAGGCUGCAGGAGGAGCAGCGGGAGCGGGAGAGGCUGGAGGAGGAGCGGGCGCUGGAGCAGCAGCGGCAGAAAGAUGAGCGCGAUGCUGCCUUGGAGGCGGAGAAGGAACGGCUGCGCCUGGAGAAGGAGAAGGAGCUGGCCCGGCUCAGGGUGACGCAGGAGCGGGUCCAGGACUGGCUGGCAGAGCGGGAUGCUCUGAGGGCCAAGAGGAACCAAGAGGCCGCCGAGCGGGAAUGGCGGCGGCAGGAGCUGGAGAAGGCGCGGAAGAAGGCCGAGCUGGAGCAGCAGCUGAGGCAGGAGCGGCUGGAGCAGGUGGCCCAGAAGGAAGAGUACGUGGCCAUGCAGCUGGAGCAGGACCGCCAGGAGUUCCAGAGGGUGCUCAGGGCCCAGCAGGAGCAGCUGGAGCGGGAGAAGCUGCAGUGGGAGCAGCGGCAGCUCCGGCAGCGCGCUCACGCCCAAUACCUGCGGAGGCAGAUCCAGGAGCUCCAGCAGCAGCGGCAGCGGCAGCGGGAGGCUCUGAUCGAGGAGGGCCGGCAGCAGCAGCAGGAGGCUCGGCAGCGCAGCCAGCGCCUCGCCCACUUCGGGCAGCAGAAGCUGCAGGAGCUCAGAGCCACCGGCAUGCCCGAGAAGUUCUGUGCCCAGGUGGAGCGCAAAGCCCAGAAGCGAGCCAAGGCAAUCCUCUCCUAGGCCCAGCCCCGCCAAGAACCAGCUCCAGUUCCCCACCCAUUUGGGGCUCCAUUUCCAUUUCCAUUUUCCUGUGGGGUGUAACCAGACUCUGAGUUCUGCUCCCAUCUCCACCAUCCUGUUGAGCUGGCAGUGGAUGGGUCCAGCUGGAGCUGCCCAGUGCACGGGAAGCCCUGGGGCUGGUGGGAAGGGAAGGGAAGGAGGCAAAGCCUGCAGAGAAAUGUUUGUUUGUCUCCCCAAAGUGCUGACUGCAGCCAGCCCAAGCGUCACCUCUGCCACUGGACCAUCGUGGCUCAAAGGUCUCCAGCCUGUGGACACCCAGGCCAUCAAGGAUUGCCCAAAACAUCCCAAGAGUUGUAGGAAUUCUUGAUUGUGAAAUUCCCUGCCCUCGGGGAGGUACUGAUCAUUCCUCAAUCAGACCAAAUGUAAUCUGGGCUCUUUGGGGCUUUGGGAUUUCACCACCACUCGAGGGAGCCAGAGGAGGACCAGACCUUCCCCAGGACCAUUUCUUUCACCAUCAACAGGACUUCAUCCACGCCCCCCAUCCGACAGGAUGCCAGGUUGGAUUUUGCCUUUGUGGUUUUAAUCCAGUUUUCCUGUAUCAUUGCAUUUAUUGUAAUCUUUCCAUGAAGUUGUGAUUCUGACCUGAAAUCUCUCUCGAGGUA